CUCUACCUCUGUCUGUCCCACACACACCGGGCGGUGACGCAGACGCGGCAGCGAGUGUCAGGUGUCUAAAGGUUUCACAAAAAGAGUGACUCAACGGAAGUUCGCACAGGUAUUCAGAUCACUGCUAGAAAUGGAAAGUGCUCCAUUCAACCGACGGAACUGGGCGGCACAGUCCUUGCGUGUCACUGCGAAGGAGCUGUCACUCAGCGGCCGAGGGAGAAACAAUGCCAUCGCUGAACGCUUCUCCAAGUACCAGAGAGCUGCUGAGGUGUCAACUGCCGAGAAGAAGAAAGGAUCUUCUGAGAGUGUGUCACCCUCCCUGCGGUCAGGCAACCUGAGUGCUCUGAAGAAGCGCUGGGAGCAGGCACAGAACAAGCCUUCCUCCGUCCCACCUCCUACCCAGUCCAGCUCUCGCUCCAGGCCUCCUGCUCUGGCCAGGCCUGCUUCUAUCCCUGAACACAGUCCUCCAUUAAAGAGCCCUGACCUGCCACCCGCUCCGAGAGAUCAACUUACAGCUAGUCGUGUCCAGCAGCCCGCACCAGCUCCAGAAGCAUCCAAAGGUGAAGAGCAAACAGGGAUGGACAGGGAUGAGCUGACACACCGUGAAAGAGCUGAAAAGCUUGAAGAGCAAGUCCCGACCAGCCCCCGUGCCUCUUAUGAAAAACCCAGAGUGCCACUGAACAACCUGAAGAUGAAGUUUGAGAGGGGAGAGGACGCCAUGAGCAAGGGCGGCAGGACAACUCGACGAAGUACUUCAUCAGAGGACAUGGACCAACAUGGCAGUAGAGUGUUGGACUCCACAUCCAUGAAGGAGAAGAUGGCCAAGUACCAGGCUGCUGUUUUUAAACAGGGCACCGCUCGCGCCGGUCUGACCACAGAGGUUCCUGCUGCAAAAACUCCUGACUCAGUAAAUCAGAAACACAUUCAUGCAGCUGAGUGCAAUGGGGAGAGCAGCGAGCAACCCAAAGCAUCUAGGAAGUUCAGCCCACCGGUGAGGGAGACGUGCUUCGCUUGUCUAAAGACUGUGUACCCGCUGGAGAGACUGCUGGCUCUUCAACGUGUCUACCACAAAAGUUGCUUCCGCUGUGUUCACUGCAGCACAACGCUCAGUCUUGGGAACUACGCCUCUCUGCAUGGCAACAUCUACUGCAAGCCCCAUUUCAACCAGCUGUUUAAAGCUAAAGGCAACUAUGAUGAGGGCUUUGGCCAUCGGCCUCACAAGGAGCGUUGGGAGCCUCGAGCUGAUGGAGACGAAAGUGACCAAGCGGUGACUCCAAAGGAAGAAGAGGCUCCAGCGGCCAUGACGCGUCCAGCUGAGAGUAUCUCAGACAAACCGGUGACCCCAACCGAGGAAACAUCCCCACAGGUUAAGGUUACAGACCUGACUGCUAGACUGGAGACACGUGUGCAGACACGUGCCAGGUCUGAUGAGAUGCCUGAGUCUACAGAGAAGCCAGCUGAGAAACGCAGGCUGAGGAUCGCCUGGCCUCCCCCGGCUGGUGAGGGCUCCUCUGGGACAGAAGCUCUUAGUCCAGUCACAGAGGGAGUGUCUUCAGGCCGACCCUGGAGAGCCAAGUGGCCCCCAGGGGACGAGGUUUCAUCAUCCUUCCAGAGCUCCGAUCGGGCUGAACUGAAGAGCCUGAGGAGGAGCUCUUCUCUAAAGGAGCGCAUUCGGCCUUUUACAAUCGCAGCUAAACCCACACCCGCAAUCAGUCUGGAACCCAAGGAACCUCGUCGCCCGCUCAAAUCCCUGCAGGACUGGAGAGCAUCAUUCGAGGAAAAACACUCCGAGGAAGAUCUACCCGAGGAAAAUAAGCCAGAGCCUCAGCAGGUGAAACGGCAGGAAAAGAAAGAGAAGGCGAUGCCCCAAAUACCGAGCGAAGAUGAAGCCAAUGCAAGUGAAUCCAUCUCAGAGGAGGAUGUGGAGACGGAGCAACUGGAAGAAAGAGACGAACGAGUGCAGGGAGGAACGGCAGCAGCAGACAAGAUGGUGGUAGAAGAAAGCUCUCUUAGAAGCGCCUCCCCGGAUAUCUAUGCCUCUCCACCUUCAGAGCCAAAGCAGAACCGAGCCUCCCAGGAUGUCGGCUUCUGGGAGGAGGACAAAGAAGGAAGUGAUGCUGAGGAGCUGAGUGCAGAGGAUAUAAUCAAGAGGAACCGCUACUAUGACGAGGAGGACUCUGACUCAUAGGACCAUCUUACAGUCUUAUUGUCACGCCCUUCCACUUUGUAACACUUUGUUUUCUCAGUUUAUAGGUAGAUCACAAACGUAGCUUCGCCAGAUUUUAUAGUGCUAUAGGAGAGAUGGAAAACAAAUGUUAACAGGUGUGUGUGUGCUUUUAUAUUGAAAAGAACUGCCUUUAAUUGUUAAAGUACACUUUUUUUUUUUACGUUUUAAUUAUAUACUGUAAAGUAUCUAAUACAGAUUUUAUUGGACUCGUGAUACUGGAAGUUAGGCCUCUAUUCAUCGCUUUACAAGUUUGGUUUGUUGCAUUUUUCGCCUGUAUUUGACAGAAGGCAGAGAGGAGGGGGGGGGAAUAAUCAAAGUCAAAAUCAAGUCCUGGACUUUGCAGUUGUACGGCGUGCGCUGUAACCACUCGACUACCAACGCACUCAGGGCCUCUAUUAAAUUAAAUAAUCUCUUUAUAAUUUUAUGUAUGAUUUUUAUCCGUGGCGUAUUAUUUGCAGGUGGUGUGACCAAAAACCAUUAUACUUUAUGCAGCACUUAAAGUGCUUUUUAAUGACAGGCAUUUCCCUUCUGCAUCCAGCAAAACUAUCAUUAUGUGUAUUUUUGCUCUUCCUAGGAUGCAGAAAAGACUUAAAUAUCUUAUACCAAAAAAAGGCACACCAAGAUCUUGUGGAGUGUAAAUGUCUGGGCCUUUUGUAGUUUUACAUAUCGUCUCAAUUUAAAUAGUCAAAUGAAGAAAAAACUAAACAGAAGCCAAAUGAGAAUACAAAUCUACAAACAAAACUAUUCAAAUAAAGCAGACGAUAUGCAGUCUACUCAUUUGACUGUUAUUGAGUCUUGAGCUUCUCUUUUACCAUCAGGAAACCUUAAUAACAAUAUCCUGCAGGGGGCUCUCUGGUCUGGCAGAGGAUCUGCCUAAUAGCAUAUGAAUCAUCUCCUUUGGGCCUUCUGGAUUUGUGAUUUGAAAUGUGAUCCACUUUAUAUAUGGUUUGUAAAACACUUUGUAUUUUAAAAUGUGCCCUGGAACAUAUGUUUUCCCUGCAGAAUAUUUUUCCAUGAUUUGUAUAAUGACACAUUGGGCAAUAAAUUCUGGACUUUAUUUAUUUAUUGUUGAAACACAAUAAAAAUGUAUCUAUAAGGAAAUCCA